AUGGAUAGAAAUUACGGUGAAUGUGAAAACAUACCAACUUCGUACAACCCCUUACAUCUCACUGCUCUGCCUGAGGCAAGUCUGGCAUUCACCAUACCAAGUCUCCACGACGGCCUGCCCAUCGAUUGUCGCCUGUAUCAUCCGCAGUCCCUUGGAGCACCUCUCGACUCGCCACCCUGGCAGAGACAUGCUGCUAUUGUCGCCCAUCCUUACGCUCCACUCGGCGGAUGCUACGAUGAUCCCGUCGUUGAGAUGGUAGCAGCCACGUUGCUGAAACUGGGCUUCCUGGUCGCAACCUUCAAUUUCAGAGGUGCACGGGGUUCCGCCGGCAAAACUUCAUGGACAGGGAAGGCUGAGCGCGCUGAUUACAUGUCUGUUGUCGGUUUUGUUGUCCAUUACGUACAUUUUCUCGACCCUCACCCGCCAACUACCCCGAGCAAAAGCCCGACUGAUAUCCAUGAGCAUAAGGAGGUUGGCUUAACAGUCCACAUGCGCCCACCCGCCUCAAGGUCCUCUCAGUCCGCAUCUCUAGGAACAGCCACUUCGAUCCUGCUGUUAGCAGGCUAUUCUUAUGGCUCCAUGAUAACAACGCAACUACCGUCGCUUAAGGAAAUGCUUGCCGCGUUUGACACCCCUGAUUGUGCAUCUCACGCGACCGAGGUCCGGAUGCGAGCGCAGCACUUGGCGGAAACACAAAGUACGACCAUAGCCCGCGCCGCUGCGGCUGCUGUCGAUGCGGGGAUAACGCACACCCAGAAGUCUCUAGGAUUGCGCGUUGGCGGACUCGGAGAAAGCCCUAAUAGCCAAGAGACUCGUCGCCCGUUGUCGGUCGAGUUGGAAGAGUCGCUACGGCAUGGGGUGGCUGAGCUCAUAGCGCGGGCAAAGAAGGAACAUUGUCGAUUCCAAAAAGACCAUAAGCAAUUUACAGAGGUUGAUGGGGCACAUGGAGCACAACACAGCGUCAAGCAGCAAUCCGUUUCUGGUCGCUUGCUUCCCGUCCCAGGUGGGCUAUCUACGUUCCGUGAGGCAUAUCUCCUCGUCUCCCCAUUGCAGGGGCUGGUGACCAAUCUCGCCACCAUGUCGUUCCCCUCGCUAUCAAAUGCUUACAGAAGGGUAUUGCAUCGUUUCUCUGCAAGGACGGACAAAGCGCGUUCUCAGCCGGGGCUGCAAGAAUUUGGCGGGCUGGCGGGUGCAGUCUCGGUUGAGGCUGAACAGAAGCUGGUCCGGAAUUCGACUCUUGCUAUUUACGGGGACCGCGAUGAGUUCGUACCCGCUCAGAAGCUACGCGAGUGGGCUUCGCGGCUCCAGGAGGUUCCAGAAUCCAUGUUUCGGGCUCACGAACCCAAUGUGGCUAGGAUUCUGAGAGAAUCCAUCGAAGCAUUUGCAGUGUCUCUAUUAGACGGCAACAAGGAAGUAUCAUAUCACGCACCAACGAGAUAA